GAUUGAAGUUCAUCAACGGCUAGCUCGCCGCAUUCAGAUAAGGGCGAUAGAGGUGUCAUUGAUUGGUUUGCGAAGAGGGAUAGAGCUGCCAGGGAAUUAGAGGUGGAUGGGGAUUGAAUUAGUGCGUCAUUGUGGAUGGAAUGAACUGGAACAUAUGUGUAUGAUAUGUUGGAGUGCUUGCUUUAAGCCGACUGCCACAAACUGUUGCGGCAAUGUAUAUUGUGAACGGUGCAUUUGUUGGAAGGUUCAAAAGACUAAGGAGUGUCAUUCUUGUCAUAAGAGGCUAAGAAUGAAGAAGUUGAGAUGUGAGGCUUGUGAUGAGUGGAUGCCGUUUGUUGCUCCGGUUGCCACAACUACUUGUGUUCAUGUCUUUUGUAUGCAUUGUCUAGGCGACAAUUGUCUCAUCUGUGGUAGGAGGCUUCAUGGGCGAGAUAUUUUGGACCUACACUUGGUUUGA